AUGGCGCCAACAAGAAACGGAGAGCGUCAGGAUACAGUGUGUUCCACUCUGGGGGGAAGAAGGCAGGAGAAAGCAGGAGGGAGAGAAGAGCGAAAAGAGCGAGAAGAGCGGGAGGAGGGAAGGGCGGAUGUGCCUGGAUUAAUAAAUACCCAAGCGCUCGGGGCCCGCAUCGCCGGGGGAUCGCAGCUGGGACGUCGGCGGCAGGCCCACCCGUGGACGUGGACGUUGGACGGCGAACACAGUCCUUUCCCGGUUAGGGCGGGUUCGCCGCUUUUAGGCGGGCCCUUCGGCCUGGCCGGGCGCUGGCUGUGGGCUGCGGGCUGCGGGCUGCAGUGCGCGUGCGUGUGUGUGUGCCUAUACAUUUGGCCCGAGGCGAGGCCUGGCACCGCUGUAGGCACUUACUCAUGGCGCCUGAUUCCUCGAUUCCCUACUGAAGUCACUGGGAGUCGGUCCACUCUUGUUCCCCUCCCCUCCCCAGCAGCGCUCGAUGCUAUUGGCUGUCUUGGGCCCUUGGGAAUUGGUCCUGCAGCCAACCUGAGAAGCAUCACAUUGAUGUCCGUGAUUUCUUCCCGUUAUGAGGAGCAGUAUUCGUAUUGUCAUUUUGCCUCUACCUCCUGGCUUCCUGUCAACAGCCCACAUCCUCUGGCGGCUGAUCAGGGCAAACAAGAAUACGAAGAAUUUUCCGCAGCUAAGCAAGCACCCCUCCCCACCACGGCACAACUUGCCCAGAAAUUCCCUCGAAAUUCUGUUCUCCCUACUGCAGCGUAG